AUGAUCGAGGCACUAGUCAUUUGCUUGCUCUUUAUCAUCGCCAUGGCGACCCUCUACUACGCCUACCAGCAAGGUUAUCUGGACCCUUAUAUCGAGCAGGUUGGCACAUACUUGUUCAAGGCCAAGGCAAUGGCAGAGAAGAAAAGACUACAAGCACAGGGCAUGAAGGCGGGGCAGGAUUUUGUCGACUCUCAGCUGGCCGGGGCGCAGCAAGCCGAUCAGGUCAAAGCUGGUGUAGGCGCCAUCGGUGGUCUCAAAAAGCGCUUCUAA